AGCUCUUUGCUCAUGGGCUGCAGAGUUGCAUCUGUUCAGCCUUCCAUUCUCUGGGGAAAAGAUUCUCUUUCCUACCCCAAAGAAUAUCGCAGGUCAGUUCUCAAAAAUAAUUGCCUCUGGCGGCGCAGGCAAAGCAUCUCCGCAGCCAUCUCGGAGCGGCGCAGGAAGAAGGCGGGGCCGAUUGAAAGGCAGCCGGGUGGUUGAGCACCCAGGACCUUGCUAUGGCGGCGACAAGCGUCCCCAGCCGUCUCCUGCUGCUACGAGGGAGACGGCGGGGAGGCUUCUUCCUCUUGCCGGGCGUAAGAAACAUCUCUAAGAAUUGCAGCCGGGGCAAUUGCCCCAGCAACGGCAGCAGGAAUGAAGCAACUAUUAUCUCAGGGAGAAGGCUGGCUGCACAAGUCUUUGAGGAAAUACAAAGAGAUAUCGAAUCAUGGCUUACCCUGGGCCACAAGAGACCUCAUCUCACUGUUGUUUUAGUAGGAGAAAACCCAGCUAGUCAUACUUAUGUAAGAAAUAAAGUAAAAGCAGCAGCAGCUGUAGGCAUUUGUAGUGAAAUAAUACUGAGGCCCAAGGAAAUUUCUCAAGAAGAACUUUUAGAUCUCACUGGCAAAUUAAACAAGAAUUCAAGAGUCAGUGGCAUAUUAGUCCAGUUACCUUUGCCAGAUCACAUUGAUGAAAGGACUGUGUGCAAUAGUGUUGCUCCUGAAAAGGAUGUGGAUGGAUUCCAUAUUUUCAAUAUUGGGCGAUUGUGCCUCGACCAGCCUUCCAUUAUACCUGCCACUGCUGCUGCAGUUUGGGAAAUAAUAAAGAGAACUGGAAUACAGACAUUUGGAAGAAAUGUUGUUGUAGUUGGAAGAUCAAAAAACGUUGGAAUGCCAAUUUCAAUGCUUUUACACUCUGAUGGGGAACAUGAAAGGCCUGGCGGUGAUGCUACAGUGACAAUAACUCAUAGAUAUACACCAAAAGAUCAGCUGAUGAUUCAUACACAGCUUGCGGACAUUGUGAUAGUUGCUGCAGGUAUUCCAAAGUUAAUUACUUCUGAUAUGAUUAAAAGAGGAGCCGCAGUGAUUGAUGUUGGUAUCAACCAUAUUCAUGAUCCUGUCACUGGAAAGACAAAGUUAGUAGGAGAUGUAGACUUUGAAGAAGUAAAGAAGAAAGCUAGUUUUAUCACCCCUGUCCCAGGAGGGGUAGGACCGAUGACAGUUGCCAUGCUCUUGAAGAAUACCUUAAUUGCUGCAAAGAAAUUGAUUUGUUAAAAUGUAUAAAUUGAAGUAAUUCUAUAGGUAUAUAAACAUUUAUUUUUGUUACAAAUUUAUUUAUUAAAUGUGUUUAAUUAUGUUAGAUUAUUAAGAAAAGAUUUAUUUCCAAAUCUGUUACAAAAAUGUAUACUUGCAAUGAACUGAUUUGAUUGAUUUGAGGUUUGAAUUGAUGUAACUUCUAUGCAUAAUCCGUCUAAAUGUUUGGUUCCUGUUGGAGUUGUGCUGUUUUUCAAAGGCAUGUUAUCAACUGGAUUUGAAGUUAAACCAAAACCUGGGUCUGAGUUUCAGAUAUACAGUAUAAUGCAACUCCAGCAGACAGUAAUAAAGGGCUCAUAUUCCAUUAUGCACCUGGGUGUGGGGGCACUCAAAUGAAUGCUAAGAACUGUGAUAGAUGCUUAACAGGCAUUAAUUGGGAGUUUAUCUCUGGAAACAUGGGCUUUGUUGAUAAAUACAAUAUGUUCACAAUUGCAAAAAAAAAAUGUGUACAAAUUUUAAGAUGCUUUUGAUCUAAUUCUCAGAUGUAUAUUUAUAUAAAAAAGGAAAAUGUUAUCCAAAGCAAAUGUUUGUGUUUCCAAGCAGUUUUCAUCUACCUCGAGUUGAUUUUUUACAGCUGAGAACUAGACAGUGACCAAGCAAGUUAACUCUACUUAACUCACUUGAAGCAUAAUUUCCUUAGCAGAGCAAAUGAGAUUCUACCUAGGAGGCGCAACAAGGCUUGAUUAGUGUUACAAUGUGAAUGAAUAUUUAGAUAAGAUAACCUGUGAUUUUUGUAAAUAAAGCAUGUUGUAAAAUGUUUGAUCAUAUGUUAUUAGGAACCCAAUUAGCCACUUAGCUACACUUUUUUAUUUGGUUGCCAGAAUAGAGCUAAAUUGGUUUUCUG